AUGGGGAUGAAAAGCUGGAAAAAUGGUGUAGGACCCAAUAUUGAAUCAAAGUUGUCGGAACAAAUAACAAGAGGUGCAUAUAUGGAGGCAACAUAUUAUGGUGAUGACCAUAUUUCGGUGAAGACAAUACGUGAGGGACGCAUCAUCUAUGUUGCUGUUGAUCUGAUUUCUCACAGAUACACAUGUUUGGCAUGGCAAAUGAGUGGAAUACCUUGUCCACAUGCUUGUGCAGCAAUCAAACUAGUUCAUCGUAGUGUGUAUGAUUAUGUAGAUGAUUGUUACAAAUUGUCCACACAGGAGAAAAUAUAUGCAAAUAGCAUGAGGCCAAUUGCAACACAUGAUUGCCCACAGCCUGAUACACCUACUGUGAGUCAUAUGCUGACCCAAACAUUCUUGCAUCCACCGAUAACCAAAAAGCCUCUAGGAAGGCCAAGGAUUAAUAGGAUAGAAUCUCAAUUCCAAAAUAAGAAGGUUUAUCAUUGUGGAAGAUGCAAAGAGCCUGGACAUACUGCCAAGACAUGCAAGAACCCAAAUCCCAGCUAA